AUGCAAUAUUGUGAAGCUUUUGCUGCCAUGGUGGAUGGGAAAAGUCAGGAGAUGUCAACUAAAGAAUUGUCAGGAGGAGCCAAGAUCCACUACAUCCUCCAGUCAAUUUUUGUAAAGUGUUUGGAGGUCUCAUUUGAAUUUUUAGUUAGGAGACAAAUUACUCGUCUGUUAGACCCAAGCCUUCAGUGUCAUCGAUUUGUUUAUGAUGAACUAAUGAAGAUAAGCCACGCUUGUGAGGUAACUGAGUUGCAAAGGUUUCCAAUAUUGAGAAAGCAUCUGGAUGAAGUCAUGGUAAAAUUUUUGCACGAUGGUGCAGAAGCUGCUGAGAGAAUGAUAGGAAAUCUUAUUGAGAUGGAGGUAUUUCCUUUUGCCUUUUCGAUUGUAUCUGGUGAAAUUAUGGACAAUUGGAGGUGGCAGCAAAAGAUAUCGAAUCUCUUGUCAGGGUUUUUUGGAUUUUUUGUAUGA